UUGUGGAGGAGCCUCAUUUCUGUCGUCUUGUCCCGAUCUGUCAACACAACCUCUUCACAACUUACAUACACUCGAGAUAUCGGCACAAUUGCUCAAGCACACUCUCACACCUUCUACUCCAAAAACCCCAUACAUAACGAAACGAGAAAGCGCACAAAGCCUUCGAACAACCUACAACCUCUCUCCCCUUUCCCAAACAAAACAUCCGAUCACAAUGUCUGCGCCCGCCGCCCCUACGACAGCGACUCCCCCCGUCGCCUUCAACCGUCUUAAGCAGAUUGCUACGGAUGCUUGCCAAUCAGCCAUCGGCUCUGCUGAGUUCUACGAUCACGCUAAGACCGAGACAUGGAACUCUCAGAUCAUUUCCUCCGUCCUGAAGGCCGUCAUCUCUGAGUCGACACCCCAAGGCGGCUCCGCACCCGCGUACAAGUUUGCCUGCAACUCGACAAUCGUCCAGCACCUCGUCCCGACAUCCUCCCUCAACAAGUCCAAGGGCACCUCCGUUAAGGAGGAGGAGCCCUCGGUCUCCACGAGCGCCGAUGCGACCGCCACUGACGGCAAGCCCCACGUCGGCCGCCGCGGCAUGCACUCCGCCACCGGCGCCUACUGGGACGAGAAGAAGGACGGCAUGUGGUCUUACAAGUACGACGGCGGCGAGGGCAAGGGCAUGGAUGUCGUGAUCAUGCUCAUCUGGGUCGCCAUCUAAACGAUGAUGACAGCAAGGCUCAGUACUCGAGGACACAAAUAGGGGGAGACAGUUGACCCAGCGUGCUGAGGUCUGCGUCCGCUCUCAUUCUCGUUUACGUUUCCAAAAUUACAAACCACAUGGGCGCAUUCGCAAGAACGGAAGCCUUACGGAAACUGGGUCGGCGCGUGGAACGCCCUGAAAUGGGGCAUAACCAGAGCAGCCUGACGACCAAAACGCAGUGGCAUCAUCCCCCUAGAUAAGCGUCCAGCUUCGAAAAGGAUGAAGUUCACUUUCUUGGUCCGAAUUCCCCUUAGUCAAGCAGGCAUAUACGGCGAACGGGAUUGCGCAAGGUCUAUUCAUGUGUUUGAGUUGCUUUUGUCUCCAAACCACGAAAAAAAUAGCCGGAGUUCUUCUGUUUUUCUAAUGAGAAUACAUGCAAAUGACGAGACUCGCUGCGCCCCAGGCUUGUACCAGAUGACAAUAGCUUUGUUUAUAUCUUUGUUGAGUUCGUUGUCAGGUGGUACAGCAGUGCAUUGCACGACUCGAGGUCGCAUCCUUGCAAUUCAAAAUGUUAUUGUUAUGCAUCUCUUAGUCUUCGCCCGACGACUAUAAGAUCUGAGCCAUGCCAAUAUUGCAACCAUUGUGUGAUGUGUGGCAGGCGACUCGGGUACAGCUACCUCCAGCACAAGGACGGCAGACUCAAGGAACUCGACAGUCUGUGAAUAUAUCUCUGAAUGCAUCCGGUGUGGGAAUCAAGGACUUCAAGGUCUGUUGACAAAACGGAUCGGAGUCGCUCGCCUCGAGUAAAGUCAAUAUACGGCAUUUACACGUACUUGAUGGAGUUGGUCGGUAGAGCUGAAGCUAUAGGUUUAGUUAUCGAUGGCAGCUCAUAAGGUAGAAGAGACACGGGCCUCCUUUCACGAUGACAUGCUGCCGAAGCCGUCGCAACAUCCAGGCUCUCCAACCAAAAGAAAGAAACGCCGUCAGACCCUAUUAAUGUUUUGUUCUUUGCGAUGUAUCUACCUAAGGUACACGAACAUCCGAACCUACUUGUCAGUCGGGCACGUUAACGAACGAGCUUCAGCCUUUCCUCUUCCUCUCUGAACCUUUUCUUCGCCUCCCGGCGGAAGCGUGAGCAAACUUUUUGGUUCCGCUAGACAUGAACAAGUCUAGGCCAGCGUGCGUGGCCAGGCGUCUCCUAUGAAAAGCUUGUUGUCGACGAAGGAUGGUUGCAGCACGAAGCAAAAGAAGAAUCCCAUGGUUACACAAGUACGCGAGUCGGGAAUAACCCCCUCGGGGAUUGUUGGGAUGGACGAAUCCUCAGAAAAGACGUUGCCGUACACCCUCUCCGGCGUGAACGAGCAUGCGCCGGUAGCGGAGAUGGUCAUAAACCACGAGAGAGGAAGAAAAAAGUUAUCUCGGGUUUUGGGUGUGAAGGAAGUACACACAGAGCGUCGCCUCGACAGAUGGGCAGGUAAUAGAGACAAAUUUCUUUGAUUCACGUCAAGUCACAGGAACUUCCCGGCCGUGCCGCUGUCUUGCCUUUGGCAUACGCAAGUUGAAGUGCGGCCUGAUUCACAACUCCAUCAUUUCAUGACGCG